AUGACCGAAGGCGUGCAGAAAUAUGAUCUCGGCGACUUCAAGCUGCAAGGUGGUGACUCUUUACCCGGGGCAUGGAUAGCCUACAAGACAUUCGGCGACAAGAGCUUGCCAGCUGUUUUGUACCCUUCAUGGUACUCUGGCCUAAUCAAGGACAACGAGUGGCUCAUUGGCGAGAAAAUGACCCUGAACCCGAAGAAGUACUUCAUCAUCAUCACGGCUUUGUUUGGAAACUCCGAAUCGAUCUCGCCAUCCAAUUCGGAUAUUGCUCCUUUUCCAAAAGUGACGUUCUAUGACAAUGUCAGAGCACAGCACCAGCUGUUGACGCAAGGACUUGGUAUCAAGCAUCUUCGGGCCGUCACUGGCUGGAGUAUGGGAGCCGGCCAGUCCUUCCAGUGGGCGACGCAGUAUCCAGAUUUCAUGGACAUUUGUGUACCCUUUUGUGGCUCAGCGAAAACCUCCUUGCACAAUCAGGUAUUUCUUGAAGGCGUCAAGUCGGCUUUGCUGGCAGCGAAGAAGACUUCCUCGGCAGGCUCGACGUUUGGAAGAGUUGAGACCAAAGGGUCGGAAGUUAGGAAGUGGACCGAAGAGGAAAGAACCGUUGGUCUCAAAGCGUUCGGCAGAGGCUAUGCCGGAUGGGGUUUCUCGCAAUCAUUUUAUCGCGAGAAACUGCAUGAGAAGUAUUAUGGCGCGAAAGACCUUGAAGACUUUAUGGUCACGUUUUGGGAGGGAUACUGGCUGCAGAAGGACCCGGAGAACCUACUGGUCAUGCUGCACACUUGGCAGGCAGGCGAUGUCUCUAAGCAGGAGCCAUACAAUGGUAAUUUCGAGGCAGCUAUGAAAGCAAUCAAAGCGAAAACACUGGUGCUGCCGGCCAAAACCGACCUUUACUUUCCGCCCGAGGACUCUGAGAUCGAGGUGCAGAACAUGUCGCCUGGUGUCGGCGAGCUUGACAUAUAUCCCACGAUCUGGGGCCAUUGGGCAGGUGGGCCUCCGGGUAACAUGGACGACGUGAAAUGGCUCGAUGAGAGACUGGCCAAGUACUUCGAGUCAGCGCCGCGCCGCGACGGGUGA